AUGCCAAGCAAACGAGUAGCAUCCAGACUCUGUUCAGGGGGUUCCACUACUCAAGAGGUAGGGGCAGUGGUACCUGCCCCUUUUCCCGUGACUAUCACGCUAACGAGAUUGGGAAAUGAGAUGAAUCGCCCCCCCUCCUUUUUAUCUCUCCUUGACUUCUUCUUCCCCAGUCCUCGCAGUCCUUUCUCGAAGUUUUCCCACACCAGAGGGAUUCAUUCUCUCCACAUUCAUUUGAAAACCACCGUCUUUUACUUGACUCUCUACGACAAACGCGAAUACCCUUGA